AAGAGUAUGCCUCUAUGCCGCCAGUUUUUCAUCAGGAUAAUUACGACAAGUGCAUGCUUUUGGAUGAAGAAGCUUUGUAUUGUUCAUUCACCUAUAAAAUGACAGCUCGAAAUGAUAAUAACACUGACAUAUGGAAGAUCAUCCAGGAAGUCAGUUCCAACAAGUAUAACUACAGGCAUGACCAUCUUCGACACUGGAUUUGUAUUCCGUGGACUUGUCCAGAAAUCGAAUCAAAAUUUAGUGAUCAAACCACAAUGCAGCAAAGCAUUAGACAAUGUUACGAUGAAAAAUAUGGGAAAUAUGGAAUAAUGGGAGAAGUGGAAAACCUAAAAUGUGAAAAUAACAUUCCAAAAUAUCAUGUGGACUCACUUGACGUAGCUGUAGCCAUGAUAUUCGUAUGCUACGUAGUUCUCAUUGCAUUCGCCACAUUCUAUGAAGGAACGGCUCGAUAUAAAACAGAGGAAGAGUACAAGAAAUUGACUUGUGCCGGUUGGAGACGAAUAGCUUCUGCCUUUUCCAUACCUAGAAACUGGUACAGACUCAUCACCGUCAAGAGUACAACAGAUAUUGAGAAACUACGACCAAUACAGGGUGUUAGAUUCUACAAUACCAUUCUGGUUAUUUUGAGUCAUACUGUUAUGACCUUUUUGAUUGGGCCAGUUGCUAACACCAAAUAUGCGGAAACGCUCAUGGGGAAAGUUGCUACUCUUUUUCUAUCCAGUGGACCUCUGUGUGUGUCUACAUUUUUCUUUAUGUCUUCUUUUCUCCUGAUCUAUGGGAUAUUUUCACAAUUCGAAAACAGGAAAGUUAAACUGAAAGAUUUGCUAGGAAUCUUCAUCAACAGAUAUAUAAGAUUGACACCAAGUGUAGUUGUAGUCAUAGCUUUCUACGCAACAUGGUGGCGUCAUUUUGGAAGUGGACCACAUUGGAACGAUUUAAUAGGAAAAGAAUUUCUCCGAUGUAGGAAUAAUUGGUGGAUAAACUUGUUUUACUUGAAUAAUUUCAUAGAGAGGGAAAAUAUGUGUUUGGUUCAAACUUGGUAUCUGGCUUUAGAUACUCAAUAUUUCGUAUUCCUAUUAGUUCUUGUGUGGAUUCUGAAAAAAUACGAAAAGUUGGUUUGGCCGAUUCUUUGUUCAUUCUUCACAAUACUGAUAGCUGCUACAUUUUUGGAUAACUAUAAUGAAGGCCAUGAAGCUCUAAUCUUACCACUUCCAGAAAAACUCUACGGAAUGAAGUUGGUUUUGGGAAAUACCCAGUGGUAUGAUCAAAUGAUGAGUUGGAAGGGAAAUUUGGUAGGAUGUAUAAUUGGAUUGGCGUACGGAUACUCAUUCUACAAGAACAAGAACAAAUCAGUCUUCGAGAUAAAUAUAGCUAAUCAGAUCAUCUAUCAUAUUCUCACAUAUGGAUUAGCAUUGGGAGUCAUAAUAGUACCAGGUAUUCUCAUUUUCAACAGUGAAAUGGAUCACAGUAUAUUCUGGGCCUCUUUGCACGUUGCAUUUGGAAGGCCAAUUUUUUCAUUUGCCAUUGGAUUCGCAAUAUAUGGAGCCAUUUUCGGACUUGGAUGGGUUACGAAGAGCGUAAUGGAAUGGCCGCCAUCUUAUAUUCUAGGAAGAUUAUCCUACAGUACAUAUUUGGUUCACGCAACAAUAAUACUUUCGAGGGUGGCUAGUUCAAGAUAUCCGACAUACGUCAGUGAUCUACAUAUGGUCUAUUAUUUGUUUGGAGAUGUCGCCACAGCUUUUGCUGCAGGAUUUAUCAUGACACUCUCAGUUGAAAUGCCACUAUCCGAUCUACAAAAACUGAUGAUACCGAUGAAAGAAUUGAAUGGAGAGAAAAAGAAAUAGGAGCAAUGGAAUGAUUAGUCCGAAUACAUUCAAAUGGAGCCUAAUAGUAUGGGAGCCUAAUGAAGUUUUUUGUGAAUUUACUCAAGUGUGGCAGAUUAGGAUAUAGAAGAUAUCUUGCACCCUUUUCAGUAUAUUAUACAGGGCCUAGCGUUUAUGUCAGCCGGUCAAAAUUGAAAAGCAAUAAUUGUCUUGAUCAGUCGAGCGCAUCAGAUUAGGUCAUGAUUGAUUAUUCACGAGCUGAAAAGUGAGUAUUUCAAAAAUCAGACGAUUGGAGCGUGAGUCAAAAAAAUGAAAUAUCACAAACUCGAGCCGAGUUGAACUUUCUCCAUUUUGGAGAAAUUUAUUUUACAUGUAAUUCACCAUCGAGGUUUAUAUUGUAGUAAAUUACUGAAUUAACUGUCUUGAACAAAUUUAUUUCCAACAAUAUUUCAAUUACCACAAACUAAUUUAUUUA